CCUCCACCACCCUAGAAGGAGAAAAAUAAAGACAUGUGGGGGCAUAACCAACUGCAAGCUUUUCAAUUAAGUCAUGUCAACUUGGUAUUGAAAUUAUAUUGCCAUUCCUCCAAUAUGAGUGUGCUAAAUCUUAGAACGUGCUAUGGAUGUACCUAAAUCCUACUUCACACGUAUUCUUUUGGUAAGGUACAAGAUAUUAAAAUCAGCAUGUAAGCCUGAAAAUUAUAUAUAAUUUUUAACUCCUUUAGACAAUCAUUAUUUACUACUUAAUGUGACCUGAAGUAACAAGGUCAUUGAAUUCUUGGACUUACCUAGGUUUGAAAACAAAAAUAUAUAAGCAUGUUUUCUAUUUUCGAUUAUGUAGCGAGUCCUAUCUACAAAUAUGAUAUUUGAUGCACUUGAAGCCAAAAUUUUAAAACGCUUUUGACUUUCUAGGUUGUUUGCCGGUACGGUUGAAGUCAUUUGCUGUUACAUAGCUGAUAAGUGGAUUUAUCAUGAUUGCAACUGGGGGGCUUCUUCGUAUUUCAGCCAGAAGACAAGAUUCGUUUCGAUCACGUAAUCGUGUUAAUAAACGCAAAAAGAAAGCAAAAAAGAAAUGCAAGAGUGAUGUAGUAGUGGUUAAAGGCAAAUUGAAGCUGUUCUCCAUUUCUGGACUGAUUGCUGCAUUUGGAAUCCUUGUACUAUUAGUGGGAAUAGCAAUGACAGUGAUGGGCUACUGGCCUAAAGGCACUGACAUUUUUGAAACUAUUAAGGUCCAAUCAAAUGAUACUACAAAUAGCACCGUUUUAGAAAUGACAACAUUGGAGAUUAUUUCUAAAUUUUUAGCAAGCUAUUUGCAUUCUGAGAAACUCAAGGUUUUAGGACCCCUUAUUAUGGGAAUUGGUAUCUUUUUGUUCAUCUGUGCCAAUACGGUUCUUCAUGAAAAUAGAGACAAAAAAACCAAAAUAAUUAAUAUACGAGAUAUCUAUUCUACAGUUAUAGAUGUACACAAUUUGAGGACAAAAGAUUGUGGGCCACUUAAUGGUUUUGUCAACUAUGUACAAUCCAAAAGCAUGGAUAAUCUCAAAUCUUCUGAUUCUUUCUGUGCAGCAAUGUUGGCCAAAAGUACCUUGCGGACACCUGUUGGUAAUGCUGUAAAGCCAAUGGAUCCAAAAGAAAAUGUGGGUAAAAAGCAUUGCGAUUUUGUGGCAAACUUGCAGCAACAAAUCCCCAAAGAUAGAAAGACAUCUGAUACUGUUUACAGUAUUUGCAGAGACCAAAUCAGAGUAAAUGAUAGAAUUCAAAUGCCCCAGAUGUGUGGGACUAAGUCAAUUGUUACUUCUUCCAUUAAUGCAUUCACACUGCCCAUCAUCAAACUGAACAACUGUGUCUUGGAAGAGGGUGCUACCAGAUAUAGUAACAAUGAGAAUGAAGCACAAACAUCAGAAAUAUGUAAUGAAACUCAACAAGAAUUUGAACGUUUUGCUUCUGAUCAAAUGGGAAGUAUUGAAUCCAUUUCAGCGGAUGUAACCAUGGGAAGUGAUCACCAUGGAGAUGAUAACCAGGACAUAGAGACAGAGACUUCAAAUACAUUUAGGUUAAAUGACAACCAGUUGGUAUCCAGCAAAAUUUCCCAACAACCCUCUGCCCAAGUGUCCCAGGUUUCUCCAAUUCCAUUUCAGAGAACAGAAUCCAGUCUUUCUCUCCAUACUUUGUCAGUUCACUCUAAACUUACGAAUCUUGAUGACUAUCCUGCCACAUCCACAGUGCAGGAUGAGGAGAAAGAUCCAAAUUGUGCACAUUUAGUUUGCACCAGCAGUAAGGGCUAUGUAACAUUGAGUAAUGAGGACUGUCUUCAGUCUGCUCCUGUGCUAUCAGAAGCCAUAGCUACAUCUGGUGAUGAUUGUACAGAGAAUCUUCAUAGAGAUACCAUACGAGAAGGUACAAUGCCAAUCAAUGAACAAAAGAUGGACAAACCUCAAAGGUGUGUGCAAAGACAGUACACAAAGAGAGAGAAAUUGCUCAUGAUUUCUGGUUCCCACAAUACUCUUAGAAUGGAAAAUGUUGAAAUUGAUAGUAAUUCGUAAUUAUAUACCAUACGAUGUAAUCAUAUAUAGUUGGGUUCAGAGAUGCAAAGGUGCGGUAAAAGCUAUAACAAAUGAAAAUAAUAUGUCGCUUUUCUGUAGUUAUUCAUGAUUACUGAAUGUCAGCCAAGCUCCACAGACUUCUAGAACAUUGCAGUGGAACUAAACAUCCAGUUUCUUUAGUUGCUUCCAAACAUGAUUGCGUCAGCCAUUGAGUGGCAAUUGUUAAUCUUGGUUAAACACCAAUUUAAACGUUUUAAUAUAAUCAGUUAUUUGUUAACAGCUUGUGAAAAUUAAACAUCAGACAUCCUAGGAUUGUAAGUUUACAGUUUGGAACCAUCAAAAUAAGCCAACUAAUAUACUGAAUUCUAUAUUCUGACAAAUCAAAGGAUGUAUAGAUAUCUUGUAUAAGCACAUAAUGCACUAAAACACGCAAAAAUGUGAUAUUGAAAAAUGUUCAGUGUAUCAUUUCAUAAUUAAAUGAAAGAAAUUAUUUGCA